AGUCAUGUAUAUAGUACUAUAAAACAGCUGGUCUGUCUGUCUGAUGUCAGUGUAGCGCGCAUCCGAAAGGAAAAGUGUAAACUUAUAAGUAAAAUCGGCUAUCUAAUCGCGGCUACACGUGAGUAUUCAUUACGAUCGCAAGACAAAUAAACAAAAAAGUGAAACAUUCGCAAAUUCUCGAUGACGCAAGAGCCUCAAGCGAACAAAGCCGCCUCCGGCGCUGCAAUUAUGGCCAGAAAAUUAUUUCUCAGUUCCAAAGCGCCGCGUAAGGCUGUCUGACGAUCGCGCGACAGGACGUCGCAUUCGUGCGUGUAUAAACUCUGAUCGCGUGUGUUUUUUUUUAUCGGUAUCGAAAAUGCGCAGCGACUGAUAAUUAUAGCUGCCGCUGUCCCGAUGAUUUUCUCGCAGCUGGUGAACAUUUUGCUUUUUAACACUGGCGGAUCCGGAUUGUUGAGGAUUAUUUUCAUGGAGAACUGGCAGAUGAAAUAGUGGCGGUUCCUUUGUGCCUUACCUUCGACAAUGGCUGAUACUAUCACAGGAUGGAGACGCUUUGCAGCAAUGGAGCCUUUGGCAUUUGCCCUACUGUUUGCCUUCUCUGUGUCCGACAAUGUCAUGUCAGACUUGUUUGUUUAUCAGACAUGCAAAUCAACGGCAGCAUUAAAUAUCAGUGAUUGUGACAUUUUACACACCAACAGCAGUAGUGAUAGGGCUAAGGAUAUCGAAAAAUUAGUCCAGCCACACACAACUAUUGUUCUGAUCUUCAAGUCAUGUAUUGACACAAUAUUCCCAACAAUCAUGUCACUCUUUCUUGGUCCUUGGAGUGACAAAAAUGGAAGGAAGCCACUACUAGUUAUCCCAUUCACUGGUUUUUUGCUCAGUUACUUCUCAUUGGCGAUUCUGAGCAAUUUCAAUGCCAACCCUUAUUGGUUCCUGCUAUCCUCUAUACCUUCAUCACUGCUGGGUGGAUUUCCAGCAAUAUUAUUGACAUUUUUCUGCUACAUCACUGAUAUAACAGACAAUCAGAACAGAGCUUGGCACUUGGCAUGCAUCCAAACAAUGAUACUUAUUGGAAUGCUUUUGGGAUUGUUUGUGGGGCCUGCUGUAUUCAGCCACUUUGGAUAUGCUGCAGUUUUCUGCAUAUCCGGAAUAACAUGCUUGAUUGCUGUAUUGCAUUCUAUCUUCUUUGUAAAGGAAACAGUUCAAUCUGACAGUCCACAAACAUUAAAAAGCGUUUUUGACAAGACUUUGGUGAAAGAGCUAUUUUGUGCUGUUACUAAAAAGAGAGAGGGUUUUGACAGAUGUUUGGUAUGGAGCUGUAUUUUAGCUAUUGCUUUGCAUGUUGUUAUAUUGGAAGGAAAUGGAGCAGUUGGAUUCUAUUUUGUAAGCUCAAAAUUAGGGUGGAAUGUUUCACAAUAUUCUGCAUAUUCUGCAGCCCAGAUGGUUAUGUCUAUAGGUGGAAUGCUACUAAUUAUCAGAGUUGUUGGAUCACUCUUAAAACUCCCUGAGACUGUGAUUAUUAUCUUAUCAUGUCUAUCAACAAGUGUUACUGGACUCGCUAAAGCUUUUGUUUAUAAACCAUGGCACAUGUAUUUCUCUGCGAGUAUUGGAAUGUUUUCUUCAUCUGCUACUCCAGUAAUUAGAUCAAUUGUAUCCAAGUCAGUUCCACCACAAGAUUUAGGUAAAACAUUUUCACUGAUAACAACAAUGGAAAUGACAAUACCAUUUGCAACGACUCCACUAUACAUAUACGUUUAUACACAUACAUUGAAAUACUAUCCAUGUCCAGUUUGGUUUUUAUCUGCGGCAUUACCAGUAUUUAUUAUAAUACUUGCAGUUAUUAUUGAUAGAAGAUGGAGAAGACUUAAAGAGUCCCAGUACACACCUUUUGAAGCAGACAUAAAUUAAUAAGUACUAAAAUUAUAAUACUUUAAUUAUUAGUAAUUAUUUUAUUAUUUCAAAAUUGCAAUACUAUAAUUUACUAAAAUUUUAUAUCAAGAAUAAUACAUAUCAUUUGUAGAUUUUUCUUUCACAAGUUUGCGUUUCGUUUAAGUUUUUAUUUAUAGCAUAAUAGUAUAGUAUAAUCGCGCAUAAUUUUAGAUUAUAAUAUUUUGACUAAGUUAUUAACUUAAUUAACAGGAAAUAAAAUAAUGUUGAGCGUAAAUCUAGUUAUGUAACGUUGAAUAGAUGGUUUUCGAUGCUGAUGGCGUAAUAUACGCUUUUAACGUCUUGUAUACUGAUUUCAUGCCAUUCAGCAUCGGAAAAAACGUUCACACUUCGGGCAUCGCAAAGUUUACACCCUUGUGUGUAUAAUAUCUCAAAAUGACGACGUCGACCCUCGGGUUCCAGGGUCAUACGUGGGUAUAAAUAUGUCGCAAGUACAAAAAGUACUAUUUGUAUUUACCAAGUCUGUGAUAAAGACAAAUCUAAAAUUAUAUAUAACUGUGAUUCUGGAAAUUUGGUGCUGAUCUUUAAAUAUAUUAAGUACACUAAAAUGUAUGCAAAGCGCAAAAGAUGAUUUAUUGAGAUAUAAAUUUUGGAAUGCGUUAAUUACAAAUUAAAAUUUUUACAGAUUGUCGUAAUAAUCUACAUGAUCGCCUGAUUUAUACUUUCUUUUAGAAAGAACUUCAGAGAGACGCGUUACCGUUUGAUCUGUAGUCAAAGCCUUUUUGUUUUGUCUCAUAUCCUGAAAACUAGCCUUAACUUCUUUAUCACCAACGUUGUUAGAUAUUGUUUGUAACAUUUCUGUCUCCACUGGUCCAGGUGAAUAAUUUAAGACAUUAACAUUAGGGUUUUCUUCUGCAAAGACCUAUGAACACGAAGCAAAAUUAGUACGUUUCAGAGGCAAUAAAAGCAGUUAAAACGUGUUAUUAAUACUAAAAAUAACUGCUUUCAAAGCAAUAAAAUGUUUGGUACUGGUAUAAAUUUAUAAAAAUUUACAUAACAUAUUGUUGGUAGGUUACAAUUUUUGCUAUAAUUGUUAAACUUAUUUUUAUAAGACACAAGAAUUAAUAAAAAUAUACUAAAUAAUA